AUGAGUAGUGGCCGCAUCAGUCAGCCCGUGGGUAAGAUUGUGCAUACUAAUGUGGCUGUAGUUCGCAUGCGUAAAGGUGGCAAGCGAUUUGAGAUUGCGUGCUACAAGAACAAGGUGUUUAAUUGGCGCAAUGGCGUCGAGGAGGACAUUGACGAGGUCCUACAGAUCGCUAAAGUCUACGAGAACGUGUCCAAGGGCAAGUUUGCCAAGAAGAGCGACUGGUCCAAGGCCUUUGACGUGCAAAGUGAAGAGCAAGCGUGUCGAUUUAUCCUUGAUCAUGGCGAGCUACAGGUUUCGGAGGGAGAGCGCAAGGCACUUGUCGAAAACAUGUAUCGAGAUAUUGCUACAAUUGUAGCGGAUAAGUGCGUGAAUCCCACGUCCAAUCGACCGUAUCCGUACACUGUUAUUGAGCGGGUAAUGAAGGAGAUUCACUACGCUGUCAUCCCAAACCGAAGUGCCAAGCAACAGGCGCUCGAGUUGAUCAAGAGACUGCCAGAACACAUUCCACUCGCGCGUGCAAAGAUGAAGAUUCAGAUCAUUACGCCGGCAUUGGGUGUACAGGCGAUCAAGACGGAGUUGCUGAAAGAAGGAGCGGAGAUUGUCGAGCAGACUGGGAGUGACACGGUGCGGAUGGUGGUACUAAUUACACCGGGGUCGUACCGUAUCGUCAACUCGCUUAUACAGGAGCACACUGCUGGUCACGGUUCACUGGAAGUGAUUGACCUGAAAAGCCACCAGGAGGGCGAACACACGAUCGAUGAUGAAAUUUUACAAAAGACAGAACGUCUUGGUCUAUCAAGUACUCCUGCUGCUUCUGAACCUGCUCCCGCGGUAGCAACAGCAGUGGCUAGUAAGGCGAAGAACAAACGGCCAUGCAGCACGUGCGGUGGCGACUUCAGCGCUGACAUAAACAAAUAUCGUGAGCACUUUCGUUCCGAAUGGCACCGCUACAACCUCAAGCGCAAGUCAAAGAAGCAGCCCGUGAUCAACGAAGAAGAGUUCAACGAGCUUGACACCGAAGACGUGGAGGCCUUUUUCACCUCUAUGAGCUAG